AAUAUGAAAAAUGGACCGCAACGGUAACGAUUGGGUAGUAAAAAGGAAAUAAUUUAAAAGACUUAAUGAUAAAAUGGAGAAUGUAAAUUUCCUUUCAGCGAUACUUAUUUUGACAACAUGGUUUGGAGUUUCGAAAGGAGUCGGGGAAAUGUGUUUGAAAGAGGGGAAAGAACUCUACUGCGACACAGGGUAUACCUGUUGUAACCAAGGGAACGGAAAAUGUUGCGGUUCAGACUUUGUGUGCGGCAUUGACGGAGCCUGUAUUGCUUUGGCGUACCUGAUUUUUCCACCAAUCAUAUCCGUCAUUAUCGUUGUCAUCAUAUUGUGUUUCUGCUGUUACUGUUGCCGCAAGGAUAAGAAGAAAACGUCAGUCUUGGACAACGAGUAUCCUUUCGCUAUGAAUGCCUACCCCCCUUCUCACAACGUUCCUCCCACUGGGGUUCCCCUCAGUAUGAUCUCCAAGCUGAACACGAGAAACCCAGUCACUCCCAAACAAACGAAACCGGUCUACAGAGCCGAACCUCUCCUCGCACCUUCCUCAAAGUCUAGGGACGAUGGGGAUGUUCCCAACUCCCCGGCUCCGCCCUAUGUACAACCCCAGGGGAAAAACAAGGGGCGCUACAAAGAUGUUUAUUGACGAAAGGACUCCUAAAACAACGUAUACCUUAGAGUGGCUUAUCGAUCUACUUGAAUAUCUCCUCAGAUUUCCCCGUAUUUAUUAUUUACACGUGCCUCACACUAAUGUCCAUUAUGAAGCAGAUUUGGAAUAUUCUAUACACCUGUACAUCUAAUUUUAAUGAGAUAUUCAGAAACACGUGGUUAUGCUUAUUUUCAUACUAAAUGUUUAACGUCGGUUGUUGUUGUUUUGAGAAAUAAAAAAAGAGUACUGUUAA